AUGCCUCCCCCAUCACCCCUCGUCAUCGCAACAGGCGCAGUAAACCGCCUCCUCAAGGAAGAAGCCUCCUACCACAAGGAGCUCUCCGAGCAAGAAGCCAAGGUCAAGGCGCAAGAGGAAAAGAUUCAGAGCGGCCAGGACGACGAGGAUGGCAAUGCGACGUAUAUCCUCAAGCAGCACCAAACCGUUGUCGAGCAGACGAGAGCCGUCUUCAAGCCGCUGAGGGUCCGCAUCGCUCAGGCCGUCGAGAAGCUCGAGGAUCUGGUCGCUGCCGAGGAAAAGGGCGGGAGUGCUUCCGAGGAAGAGCUUGCGAAUGCAAAGGCGGCGCUGGAAAAGGCCAAGGCUGAGCAGGCUUCGGCAUGA